AUGGCUCCUACGGAGGUAACACAGGCUUUAUCUGUCUGGGCAGCACAUUCGGAGACUGUUGCUCCGAGAAAGGCUACUGAGGUGGCAAAUCCCCGUAUUGUGCUGCUGGAUGUCAGAAUCAGCACAGAUGGCUCCUGCGGCGGAGAAACGGGCUCCACAUGUCUAGGCAGCGAAUUCGGCGACUGUUGUUCCGCCAAGGGCUGGUGCGGCGGCAACUCUUCAUAUUGCGAUAUAGGAUGUCAGGGUAGAUUCGGGAAGUGCUCACCCGCACCCGCAUCUACUAACUCGGCAACCUCGAUAAGUGAGACAGCAGCAGCAGCAACCGCAGCCUCCUCCCCAGCUUCCGAUCCCCCAGUGCCCACUGUACAAAGCGCAGACUUUAAAGCCGGCAUCGCAGUCGCUUCUACAGUCGCUUCCACCGCGCUCCUCUCGCUGGCACUUUUCCUCUUCCGGCGACGCCAACGCCUGAAUAACAACAGCCAGAAGUCGGUUGAUGCUGUCGAAGCGCCCUCGGAAAACGGGACCGGAAGUUCGGGUCCUGGUGGGAAGGUAUAUGCAUCCGAACUGUCGACGGUAGGCUAUUAUCAGGAGAUGCCGAAUAAUGAAAAGGCGAGGACGGGGUGUUAG